AUGGAGGAAACAGCUCUACUGCGGUGGAUCGUUCUGACCUCUCUGCUCUGCCGCUCAACAAACCAACUUCGUCUGACUGUGAGUCCCAGCGGCUCUCAGCUGUUCAAAGGACAGUCUGUCUCUCUGAGCUGUGAGGAGGACGACAGCUCUGCUGGAUGGACACUGAGGAGGAACACAACCAGAGACAGGACUCAGUGUGGAGCCGAGUGGGGAACGCCGGUCGGUUCUUCCUGUAAGAUCAACUACGUCCUUGCGUGGGACAGUGGAGUUUACUGGUGUGAGUCCAGAGAGGGAGCAACCAGUAACACCAUCAACAUCAGUGUCACUGGUGGAUCGGUGACCCUGCAGAGUCCCUUCCCCCCCGCAGUGAUGGAGGGAGAUGAUUUCACUCUGUGCUGUCGAACAAAGAAGACCUCCGACCUCCCGGCUCUUUUCUACAAAGAUGGCUCCCUCAUCAGGUCCGAGCCUACUGGUCACGUGACCAUCCGCCACGUUUCCCGGUCUGACGAAGGCCUCUACAAGUGUCACAUCGACGGUCACGGAGAGUCUCCGUCCAGCUGGAUCACCGUCACAGGUAAACCAUCAACCCAAGCCCCGCCCACCAAUGUAGCCCCGCCCACCAAUGUAGCCUCGCCCAUUAACAUAGCCACGACCCCAGCCUCAGACCCCGGCCAGCUUGUGUCUCCCGUGCUCUGCCACCUAGUGGUGUUCUGUCCGUACUGCAUCUCCACUGUCCUCAUGGUGUCUUUAUACCUACAGAGGCCCACAGGUAAUCAAUCAAUCAAUCAAUCAUCAAUAAAAGAGUUGUAUUGA